GUAUAUAAGACUAUUAGUUAAGGGCUAAAAUAUUAACUAAUGCAUUAAAGCAUGUAUUUAUCUUGUAAGAUAUGCACAAUUUAAUAUCUUGAAAACUACAUUUAUGUGUGUAUAUAAAGCAGCUCAAAUGUAUACACAGAUCAUUACAAAAAAAAAAACUAUUAAUUAAUUAGAAAAAAAGAGAAUCAGAGAUGAAUGCCAUGAAACUUGUUGUCCUUUUGAUCUUUGUUGGAUUUGUGUGUGCCAAUGUUGGCGCAAGGCAGCUCGAGGAAGUGUCCAAAGAGACAAAGUUAGGCAUCUCUAUUUCCAAAACUGUCACUACCGCCAACGGCAUUGGAGCUGAGCUUAACUACGUUUCGGUUACAACUACUGCCAACAAUUAUGAAAAUUCCAAUGCUGAUGCUGAUGCAGGUUCCGGUGGUCCCAGCGGAGGCGGAUCUGGAACAGUCGCUAAAUCUACCACUGGAUCUGUCAUUGCAGAAGGUCCCGACAACGUAACUGCUAGUUCUAUCAGUUAUGCUUCCGGUGGCACCACUGCUGGUGCUGGAGCGGAUUCCGAUAGUGCUGGGGGCAGUAGUACCGCUGACGGCGUUGCAUACAGUGUUGCUCAAGGCAGAACUGGCGAGCCUUGAGCGGUUGGUGAUCAUGGUCAACUCUCUGCGUAUAUUAUAAAAAAUAGUCUACAAACCCAAACACAAUCUCUUUUGUAUUCAUAAAUAAAACUAGAGAUUGUCACUUUUUAUUAAUUAUGAAAUGUACAUGAUCUAUGUGUAAUGUCUAUUGUAUAUGACAUAAGUACAAUAGUUGACCUAUUUAGUCUCCGCUAAUAAUACAUUUACAUAUAUGUAUGUGUUUCAUGGUUUCUGAUGACAAAAUAUACAACUUUGUUACGUUUCA